GGGUAGAUAUCCUAUUAGCUUGGUCACAAAUUGAUUAAGCUACUUUGGAUGGUGCUCUCUCUGAAAUAACACUUUGAAUUGCUGCUAAUGAUAGACAAAUCAUACGUUAAUAUUGAAGAUAUUGAUUAUGUUCUACUGGUGAUCGAUAUUGAGCGAUUUUGUCUACUUCUGCGAGUUUUGUUUCUUUCUGCCUACACGUAUUUUGCGUGGUGGAUUGUGGGUGUGAGCAAAGAAGGAAAAUGGCGGACUUGGCAAAUGAAGAGAAACCUGCCAUAGUGCCACCAAUGUUUGUGUUCCAAAAAGAUAAAGCACCGAAGCGGGCAGCUGAUGGAUCCAGUGGAGAAGAUGGAGAAGAUUCAGACAGAGACGAUGGUGGCUAUUGUCCUCCGGUGAAAAGAGAGAGGACUUCAUCUUCAACACAGUUCCCGUCUUCACAUUCUGUGGCUAAUAAGAACAAUGUCUUCAUGCCAUCAAGUUUCUGGCAGUCUCCCACUGGGAAUUCCGAGGACUCGGAGCCAGAAGAGAAGCCAGUUGGGUUUCGUUUAAAACCACCAACUCUUAUCCACGGGAAGGCACCUAGUUCAGCAGGUUAUGUUCCAGGCGUCCCCAGUCAGAAACCCAAGGAGCAACUUCGCAGUGUCCUCCGGCCAGCCUUACUCCAGGCCCCGCCAGCCAAGACCAACUCCGAGUCCACUAACGGGGUGAAGAAGUCGACAGACGGGACGUCAGAAGUGUCGACCAUCUUCCAUAACAACACUGAUCAGUCAGACGGCCUCGCCAGGUCACCGUUGGAAGAGAGCACUAACGAUGGCAAGUCGUUGCCCCUGGCCUCUCAGAAGGAGGGAACUAACUAUUUCUUAGAGUACAUUGCCACCCCCAGUUUAAAGAACGCCACAAACAAUACGGACAAGGGGGCCAAAUUUGUCUUUGGGCAGAACAUGUCAGAGAGGGUUCUGAGUCCUCCUAGAGGAGGUGAGGCAUCAGAAGAGGACUGUAAAGACUUACCGGCUCCCCCUGUGUCUGAACCCUCCUCAAAGGAAAACACACCAGAGAAGGGUAACAACGUGACAGAGUCACUGGAGGAGUCUGCAGCAGCGUACACCAAAGCCACAGCCAAGAAGUGUAUCUUAGAGAAAGUAGACGUCAAAACUGGAGAGGAAUCAGAAAGUAACGUUUUACAGGUCCAGUGCAAGUUGUUUGUGUUUGACAUGACGGCCCAGUCGUGGAUAGAGCGAGGUCGAGGGCUGCUCAGGCUUAAUGACAUGGCAUCCACAGAUGACGGAUCAUUACAGUCACGCCUAGUGAUGCGGACCCAGGGCAGCUUAAGGUUGAUCCUGAACACCAAGCUGUGGCCCCAGAUGCAGGUGGACAAGGCCAGCGAGAAGAGUGUCCGCGUCACCGCCAUGGACACAGAGGACCAGGGGGUCAAAGUGUUCCUAAUAUCGGCCAGUUCUAAGGACACAGGUCAGCUUGCUGCAGCGCUGCACCAUCGUAUCCUGGCCUUGAAGAGCCGUGUGGACCAGGAGCCCCAUGAGGCCCCGGCUACAGACUGCGUCCCUGAGGCUGACCUGCCCCACUCUGAGGGGGACAGCGAUGAGGAAGACCAGGUCAACAACGCAGCAGCAGGUAACUCCGAGGGAGGGGAGACCCAGGCUGCUGGGAACACAUAGCGUUAGUCACCCUAAAGGACUGCCUGUCAGGAUACUGCUGCUGUUUAAGGGGCAUUUUACUGCAGGCAUCCCCACGGACACCCCACCUUGACCAACAUGGGUCCUUCAGACCAGUACUUUUCGAUAUUUAGAAUUCUAGCUCCAGGAUUAAAAAUUUAAAAAAAACCUGUGCUCGAGUGUCUCUCACCCUAACUCGUGCAGUUCAUUUUUUCCUUUGCAUUCAAAAAAAGUAAACAUCUGGAGUUAUUUUUAUAAUUUUUUUCUCGGCUGCAAUAAGAAACCACAGCUUUUUGGGGUAGGUUUGUGACUUGGCUUCUCAUCAUAUUGAUGAGUGUGAGGGUGUUUUCCUCUCUGACAUUUUAAGGUAUGACACAUGUUUUAUGAAUGCAGUUUCUACUAUGGGACCUUUAUUCACCCACACGUCUUGGACCCACCCAACCAGCACCUGCUCCAGAGGAACUCAUGGCUGUCACCGUGUACUGAUCAGUCUUAUGGUCAGUCAUUUGACUGGUCCUUCAUCGGCUCACCAUCCCCAUCCAUCCAGCUCUAACGUCGAAUAGUUUCUGGAUGUGUCAUUUAUUUGUGGUCAUCAAUUUGUGAGUUAUCUAACAACACAUAAUAUGCACUGUUUCUAAUGUCUACGGCUAGUUCGCAUCACUCAGUCUUCAAAUGAUAGCAUUUUCUAUUUAGUAUAUUAAUGACUAAAACAAAUAAAACUCUUGUGGGUUAAUGCUCCAAGGAUAACCAACGGAGCAGGCAACAAGGGGCAUGUCCCAAUAAUAUCUCCUUUCUCCUGAAAGUGUGUACUUAUUCAGUCCGAGCAGGUCCGACCCUAACUCGUGAGAUACGAUACUUCCCACACAUCUAAAAGCAUUGGAUUGGUGGCAUCCAUCGUUUUAACCACAUUUCCAUUCAAAUCAGUGAAGGAAAGUGAACAAGUACACACUUUUUGGAGGAAAGAGUUGGGACAAAACCAAGGAUUCACCUGGAAAAUGUCUUUAAAAUUGAUGACUUUGUAUCAUCUAGUCAUUGAUCCUGUUAUGCAUCUCAAGAAAGUAACGCAACAAAAUCUACCUACAUUUUGUAUGUCAUGGUUUUCAUUUCUGACAUUUGAGAGUUUGUGUUGAUACAGUAUUAUUUGUUGUUUGAUAAUAUAAACAUUUAAUCCAUUUGGAGAGAAAAAAAAUGAGCUGGAAUUAAGAUUUAUUUUGUCUGUGGGGGGAAAAAAUGGGAGUUCAUUCAAACAACCGUACUACCCUUGAAAUGUCAUGUACAUUUGAAUAUAGGCCGUGGCUGCGGAGUAGACUUUUCUGGGAUCUAAAGAUCCCGAAGCGUCUGUAUGUGCGGAUGACUUUCUACUAUGCUACUAUGUUCUGUUAUUUAAAAUAUCAUUAAAUGAUCUUGCAGACAUUGAUUCAUCUUUUAAUCUAACUUUAUUAAACAAGCACCAUUCGUCUGAAUAGGUCUGUUCUCUACGACUAGAGCAGAGAAUAUACACAUGUACAGAACGUGAUCCGCACAUGCACAGAAGCAGAUCCUGAGAUAGGAUCCGCAGCUACUCCGUUGAAUAUAUUAAUUAUCCUUUAGUUAGCGAUCCGCAGCUACUCCGUUGAAUAUAUUAUUCUUUAGUAAUCGUUCUCAACUCCUCUCCCUCUUUACAAAAUAAAACAUUUUGGACUGA